GUCCCCCUGAUGCUGUAGGUUUUGGCAGAGCCCCAGCACCCACCCUGCACCUGUCCUCUGUGCAGGGCUGUGCCCACUCCCAAACCACUCUUUUGCUCCCAGCGCUGUCUGCAGUGCCCAUGGGGGGACUUGGCUGGUGGCACGGGGUGCUUGGCCAGUGGGGCUGGAAGCCCUGGGACUCUGGGCUGAGCCCCAGCCAGGAGCAGCAGCCUCAGCCUCGGGCCUCAGGGUGUGCUCAGGGGAAAGCUCCCAUACCCCAGCCUGCUGCCCAUGCCAGGGUAGUUGAGCUGACUUUCCUUGUGAUGCUCACAUGAAAGCCCAAAGGGUGUGGAGUGGGGAUGGGCAUUGGGGCUGUGCCACUCGUGGUGAUACAGAGCCAUGCUGUGCAGCUCCAGCCCAACCCCACUGUACUCAUGGCUGGGGCUGACUGAAGCACUGGGGUAAGCUGGGGGCACAGGCUGCAGGAGGAGCCUUUGGUGGAUGGGGAGCUCCUGCUCUGCAUCACCACACAGUGCCUCAUUCCCGUGUCCUAAUUGCAGCCAAGAGUCUGCCUGCAGCACUGGCAGCGGUGGGGCACGGAGGUGGGGGCUGCUCUUUCUCUUUGGGCAAUGCUGUGUGCUGCAGUGAGUGAUCUGGGGCUGUGUGUGGUGGGCUGUGUGGGUGUCCCACCCCCUGUCCCGCUGUGCCCAGGUUGUCCAUCCAUCCCCAAGCUCUGCAAGGCUGGACCUGCCAAGUUCAUUGUCCCUGCAGGCACAGCAGUCCCUGCCCCAGCACUGCCUGUCCCAACCUCGGUGUUCCCAGGGCUCAGGGAUGGCAGCAGGACACAAAUGUGCCCCAUGCUGUUUUGUUCAGGUCCGACACAAACAAUGGUGGUAGAUUUCCUCUGUGUCAGCAGCACAGCUGUCCUGCGAGCCUUCUGCAGGGUGAGGGCAGCAGGGUGGUGACAGCUGUGUCCGGAGCCAGGUGCCAUGGGCCCCCUGGGACCUCGGGGCAUCACUUUACAAAGGCACAAUAGCAGCUGGGUGAACUGCAGGGCCCACGGUGCCUCUGCUGUUGGGUGCUGGAGUGCAUCUUGUACAAUGUUAAAGCCUGGUGGCACCCACUGUGGUGCAUCACGGACAGAAAUGGGAUCCUGGCAGCCGCCCCUUCCCCCCCAGCACCUUACACCGCCGUCACCAUCUGCGGCACAACAAGAAAUCCCAAGCCAUACAUUUUUAAUUUUCUACAACACAGCAGCCAUUUCAGCCACUCACCCAGAAAGGAUCUUUAAUGAGAAGCGAGGAGAGAGAGCACACACAUUUCCAGCGCGCAGGAGAGCCGAGGCACUAUGGAAACACUCUGCUCCCUCCCGGCUGCCUGCCGCUGCUCCGAGUUCAGCCCAGAGAACUUCCCUGCACUGCUGGAGGUGGGCUCUGCUGCUGCCUGAGCAAUGAGCCCACCGCUGGCACUGCUGGGCUGGAGGCUCUGCUGGAGAGGUGGGAGAAGCACGUGAGGUCCCUCCUGCUCCCUGCUCUCCUUCUGUGGCUCCUGGGGAGCUGCGUUUUGCUCAGACAUAACCUCACCGUGCUGUGCCAUGGGCUGGCAGUCCUUCAGCCUGCAGGGCACAGGGGAAGCCCCUGGGGCACGGCAUUGCUGUGAGCAUCCCCUGCUGACCAGGGGGUUUGCUCUGGGAUGCUCCAGUUCCCAGGUUCAGGACCUAUGGGGUCCCCACAUCUCCCUGCCGUCACGGGGAGGACAUGGGUGUUGCGUGGCUGGGGAUUGGUGUGGGGUGCAUUGCACUGAUGCUGUCCUUGCUGUCUGUUGUCUGCAGGUUGAUGAGGAGGGAGUGCUGUGACCCCGUGCCUGUGACAGUCGUUUCAGGGCCCCCGGGGGGGCUGUGAGCGCGGCCCCCGGUGCCGGUGCCGGUGCCGGCCGCCCCGCCGCGCCGUACGGAGCAUGCCUCUGAGCCCCGCCGGCAGCAAACAUGAGAGCCCGGAGUCGCCGCCACCAGAGCCGCCGCCGCCACCGGAGCGACAGCCCCGCGCCUCCGCCGGGGAGCCGGGCUCCGGCCUGCGGGAGGAGACGCGCCUGGACCCGAUUCGCGGCCCCGCCGGGCCCCGCUCCCCCAAGCUGGCGGCCCCGGCGCGCAUGGAGGAGCCCGCGCCCGGCGCCAUCGUCGUCCGCAUCGGCAUCCCCGACCUCCAGCAGACGAAGUGUCUGCGGUUGAAUCCGGACGUUCCCGUGUGGGCCUCCAAGCAGCGCAUUCUGUGCACCCUCAACCACAGCCUGAAGGAUGUGCUCAACUACGGGCUCUUCCAGCCGGCCUUCAAUGGCAGAGCAGGGAAGUUCCUGGACGAGGAGCGCCUGCUGCGGGAGUACCCCCUGAAUCCCGACACUCCCGUCCCCUACCUGGAGUUCCGGUACAAGCGGCGUGUGUACACCCAGGCUUUACUGGAUGACAAGCAGUUUGCCAAGCUCCAUACCAAGGCAAACCUGAAGAAGUUCAUGGAAUAUGUGCAAAUGCUGAACGUGGAGAAAGUCUGCAGACUGCUGGAGAAAGGACUGGAUCCCAACUUCCAUGACCCAGAUACUGGAGAAUGCCCCCUGACGGCGGCGGCUCAGCUGGAGCUCAGCACUGAGAUGAUCAAAGCCUUGCGGAACGGGGGAGCGCAUCUGGACUUCCGCACACGGGAGGGAAUGACGGCACUUCACAAAGCUGUGCGGUGCCGCAACCACGCGGCGCUGCUGACAUUGCUGGAUCUGGGAGCCUCCCCAGACUACAAGGACAGCCGGGGGCUGACACCACUGUACCACAGUGCCAUGGUGGGUGGGGAUCCCUACUGCUGUGAGCUGCUGCUGCACGACUACGCUCGGCUGGGAUGUGUGGAUGAGAACGGCUGGCAGGAGAUCCACCAGGCAUGUCGCUAUGGCCACGUUCAGCACCUGGAGCAUCUUCUCUUCUAUGGCGCUGACAUGACUGCGCAGAACGCCUCAGGAAACACUGCUCUUCACAUCUGUGCUCUCUAUAACCAGGAGAGCUGCGCUCGGGUUCUCCUCUUCCGUGGUGCAAGCAAAGAGAUCCGCAACUACAACAGCCAGACAGCAUUCCAGGUGGCCAUAAUUGCAGGAAAUUUUGAGUUGGCUGAAAUCAUCAAAACCCACAAAGAGUCCGAUGUUGUGCCUUUCAGAGAAACUCCCAGCUACACGAAGCGGAGACGGAUCCUCGGUGCCGGCGGCCUCUCCUCCCCUCGAAUGCUGCAGCGCUCGGCCAGCGACAACAACCUGAAGGCAGAGAGCCGGGCGUCCUACUCUCCGGUGCCCUCCCUGCGCAGCCUCCCCCCCCAGCUGCUGGCCCAGAUGCAGGAGGCUGCGGUGGGGGUCGGUGGUGGGGAUGGCAGCCUGGCCAGCUCCGGCAGCGCCCGCAGCGCCCACAGCCGCUCCCCGUCCCUGCAACGCGUGCAGGAGGAGAAGGAGGUCGACCUUCCCACGCUCCGGAGGAGCAGCCGUGGCAAGGCCAGCCCCGGCGGCCCGGCGGGUCCCCCCGGGCCCGGCCCCGGCCCCGAGCCCGCGCCGCACGCCGCGCCCGCCCCGCUGCGCGGCCCCAAACGGAAGCUGUACAGCGCCGUGCCCGGCCGUAAGUUCAUCGUGGUGAAGAGCUACGCGCCGCAGGGCGAGGGAGAGAUCCAGCUGAACCGGGGAGAAGCCGUCAAGGUGCUGAGCAUUGGUGAAGGUGGCUUUUGGGAAGGAACUGUGAAAGGAAGGACCGGCUGGUUCCCAGCAGAAUGUGUCGAGGAGGUGCAGAUGCGACAGUACGACCCGCGGCAAGAAACCAGAGAAGACAGAACAAAGCGUCUCUUUCGACAUUACACUGUGGGCUCUUACGACAAUUUCACCUCUCACAGCGACUACAUCAUCGAGGAGAAAACGGCCGUGCUGCAGAAGAGGGAGCAUGAAGGAUUCGGGUUUGUGUUGCGCGGGGCCAAAGCUGAAACCCCCAUCGAGGAGUUCACCCCGACGCCAGCCUUCCCCGCGCUGCAGUACCUGGAAUCCGUGGACGUGGAGGGCGUUGCGUGGAGAGCGGGGCUGCGAACGGGAGACUUCCUGAUUGAGGUGAACGGAGUCAACGUGGUGAAGGUGGGGCACAAGCAGGUGGUGUCGCUGAUCCGCCAGGGGGGGAACCACCUGGUGAUGAAGGUCGUCUCCGUCAGCCGCAAGCCUGAGUCAGAAGAGGUCGUUCGGAAGAAGGCUCCGCCGCCUCCCAAGAGAGCGCCCAGCACCACGCUGACGCUGCGGUCCAAAUCCAUGACGGCUGAGCUGGAGGAGCUGGAGAAACUGGACGAGAUCCUGGCGGCCGCCGAACCGGCGCUGAGGGCGGACAUCGUGGAGGCGGAUUCUCGGGCGGCCACGGUGAAACAACGCCCGACCAGCCGCCGCAUCACCCCGGCGGAGAUCAGUUCCCUCUUUGAGCGGCAGGGCAUGGCGGCCCAUGCGGGGGUCCUGGCAGGAGCUGAGAAACCCCACGUGUCACUGCGCAAAGGGAUCCCGAGGACCAAAUCUGUAGGUGAAGACGAGAAACUUGCUGCUUCUUUGCUGGAUGGGAAGUUUCCGCGGAGCACAUCGAUGCAAGACACCGUUAGGGAAGGGCACGGGAUCCCACCGCCCCCCCAGACGGCCCCACCCCCUCCUCCUUCUCCAUACUACUUCGACACGGGCCCCCCUCCAUCCUUCUCUCCACCUCCACCCCCAGGGAGAGCUUACGACACCAUCAGGUCGAGCUUUAAGCCCAGCCUGGAGGCGAAGCUCCACGGGCUGCCGCAGGUCAUCAGCGCGGCCGAGAUGUACGACCAGGCGAGGACGUCCAUCCCCUAUCCCGAAAGGCAGAAGAGGGCCCGAUCCAUGAUAAUCCUGCAGGAUUCCUCCCAUCUCCCUGUGGAGCCGACGGAGAUCCCCCGGCCCGGCCCGUCCGCAACCCCUCCGGAGAAGCUGAAGAGGAAGGGGAGGGUGAUCGACAACCCCUACGCCAACAUGGGGCAGUUCAACGUCAGCCUGUUCGCUCCCACCAAGCCGCAGAGGAAGAAGAGCCCUCUGGUCAAGCAGCUGCAGGUGGAGGACGCGCAGGAGAGGGCGGCCCUGUCCAUCACGGGGGGCUUCACCAGGGAGCCCUCGCCCACCCGCAGGAGCCAUCGCCUGAGCGGCGUGGACUAUCAGCACCACGCCGGCAUAGCGCAGGUCGAAGCCACGAGCAUCCCCUUCGCCACUGCCAUCGCUGGGGUCAUGAAGGACAGAGACCGACGUCUGGACGAGAAGCGCAAAUCCACUGUCUUCCUCUCGGUCGGGGCCAUCGAAGGCACCCCCCCCAGCAGCGACAUGCCAUCCCUGCAGCAGUCCAGGUCUAUCGAUGAGCGGUUGUUAGGAAGCCGAGAUGUACUACUGCCUUCCCCCGUCUCAGCUUUAAAGCCAUUAAUUAGCAGCUCAUCCUCUACGUUCAUCCACCCCCUGACGGGAAAGCCCCUGGAUCCCAACUCGCCACUGGCGCUUGCGCUGGCCGCAAGGGAGAGGGCCCUCUCCACCCAAGUCCCAUCCCGGUCGCCCACCCCGAUCCACAGCCCGGACUCCGACAGAGCAGCGCCGCUGUUCGUGGACAUCCAAACCAAAGAACCGGAGAGGGUGGAGCUGGAGAGCUUGGUGUCCCCCGCCUAUUCGCCCGGAGCGAAAGGGGCCGUGGCGGCGGCGGAGGCGGCGGCGGCGGCUUUGACCCCCGCCAAGAGCCCGUGGGGAACGCCGUCCACGCUGAGGAAAGAAGCCGAGGCAAGGGUGGAAGCGCCCGGCAAGGAGGAGAAGAAGCCGGAAGACAAGAAGUCCAUGAUCAUCAGCAUCGUGGACACGUCGCAGCAGAAGACUGCCGGCCUGAUCAUGGUUCACGCCACAAGUAACGGCCAAGACGAGAUUGGACUUGAGCUGAAGGAGGAGAAGCCGGCGGUGCCCGAAGCAUGCGCGGAGCCGGCGGAGCCGCCCAAAGCGGAGCCGCAGCCCAGCCCUGCGGGGAAGGCCCCGGGCAGCCCUGCCGCCGACAAGACGCUGGGGCAGGGCAGCUCGGAGGAGGAGGUGGAGCCCUACACCGUGACGCUGCCGCCGGCGCAGCUGUCCUCGAGCGACGAAGAGACCAGGGAGGAGCUGGCCAAGAUCGGGUUGGUGCCUCCGCCCGACGAGUUCGCCAACGGGGUCCUGGUCACCACCCCCGGCACCCCCGUCAGCCACCUGGCGACGCCCAGCACGCCAUCCGCACCAGCGGCAGCAGGAGCUCCUCCGACCGCGGGCGGAACACCCUCAGGGAAGCCCCCCGAUGCCCCCGCAGCCCCGGAGUCAGCAGCCGACUCGGGUGUGGAAGAGGUGGACACCAGGAGUUCGAGCGACCACCACCUGGAGACCACGAGCACCAUCUCCACGGUCUCCAGCAUGUCGACGCUGUCCUCGGAGAGCGGGGAGCCCACUGACACAUACACUUCCUUUGCGGACGGACAAACUUUUAUACUCGAGAAGCCACCAGUGCCUCCAAAGCCAAAACUCAAGUCCCAGCUCAGCAAGGGGCCAGUUACUUUCAGGGACCCACUUUUGAAGCAGUCUUCGGACAGCGAGCUCAUCUCCCAGCAACAUGCGGCCACGCUGGCGUCCGCCAGCAUUGGCCGGCCACGCUACCUCUUUCAGAGAAGGUCCAAGCUAUGGGGGGACCCCAUGGAGAGCCGGCCGAUCCACGGGGCUGACGACGACAAGCCAACUGUGAUCAGCGAGCUGAGCUCCCGCCUGCAGCAGCUGAACAAGGACACGCGGUCGCUGGGGGAAGAGCCGGCCGGCUCCGCGCUGGAUCCCGGCAAGAAGUCUCCGGUGGUCGCGGCACGACUUUUCAGUAGUUUAGGAGAACUCAGCACCAUUUCCCAGCGGAGCUCCGGGACCACCUACACGGUUCGACCUGGCAGUCGCUACCCCGUAACCCGACGUACCCCCAGCCCCGUGAAGCCGGCUCUGGAUCGGACAGAGCCGCUCAGCACCGUGCGGCCCUACGGCCUGACCCCUCCCACCAUCCUCAAAUCUUCCAGCCUCUCCAUCCCACAUGAGCCCAAGGAGGUGCGCUUUGUGGUCAGGAGUGUGAGCGCCCGGAGCCGCUCCCCGUCCCCGUCCCCCUCGCCAGGGCCGCCCCUGCACACCCUCCACCCGCCGAGGCCCUUCAUGCAGAAACCCCUCCACCUGUGGAACAAGUACGACGUUGGGGACUGGCUGGAAAGCAUCAACUUGGUGGAGCACCGAGACAAGUUUGAGGACCAUGAGAUCGAGGGCACGCAUCUGCCUGCCCUCACCAAGGAGGACUUUGUGGAGUUGGGGGUGACACGGGUCGGGCACCGGAUGAACAUCGAGCGGGCACUCAAGCAGCUGGUAGACAGCUGACCAUGCUAGGCAGCGCCGGCCUCUUCCAGAGCCACCAACGGGGCGGGGGGACGUUUCUACCAGACUAAUAAAACCCAUUUUGAUUCUCUUUCUACUCUGAGCACUGCACUGAAGGGUGCGGAGCCUGACGGCUCCCACCCGCUCCCAGGCGGCCCCGUGCCGCGCACGCGCAGCCCCGCUCAGCCCCGCCGGCCCCGCGACGCCUUCGGGAAAAGGAAUGUUGCAUGAAAUACAUCCUCUUUUCCGUCCCUCCCAGAGAGUCCGGCCUGUAUAUCGCUUGAUGUGCUCUUGCCUGGGGGCGUCGCCGGUGGCCGGAAGGGCCGAGGAGCCACGUGCCGCCGUGCCAUGGCUCUGUGCCUGGCCUGUGGCACGGUGACACCUGGCUGGGGCUGGGGGCCGACCCGCCGCCAGGCGAGGAGCCUGACCCUCCUGCAGGCAUCUCGUGUGGCAGGUGGGAACGGGCCGGCCAGGCCCUGGGGUGUGCAGCACAGCCAGGCCCAGCAGUGCCGCCAGGCCCAGCAGUGUGGCUAAACCCAACGGUGCAGCCAGGCCCAGCGACAUAGCUAGGCUGGGUGGCACAGCUAGGCCUGCAAGCACAGCUAGGCCUGGCAGUGCCUCUAGGCCUGGUGGUGUGGCUAGGCCCGGUGGCACAGCUAGGCCUCGUGGUGCACUUAGGCCCAGCAGUGCAACUAGGUCCAGUGACAUGGCUGGGCCCAAUGGCGCACCCAGGCCCAGUGGCAUAGCGAGGCCUGGUGGCACAGUUAGGCCCAGCAGUACUGUUAGGCCUGGUGGCACAAUUAGGCCCAGUGGCACGAGGCCUGGUGGCACAGUUAGGCCCAGCAGUACAGUUAGGCCUGGUGGCAGUUAGGCCCAGCAGUACGGUUAGGCCCGGUGGCUCAAUUAGGCCCAGUGGCAUGAGGCUUGGUGGCAAAGUUAGGCCCAGCAGUACUGUUAGGCCCAGUGGCACAAUUAGGCCCAGUGGCACGAGGCCUGGUGGCAAAGUUAGGCCCAGUGGCACAGCAAGGCCUGGUGGCACAGUUAGGCCCAGCAGUAUAGUUAGGCCUGGUGGCACAAGGCCUGGUGGCACAGUUAGGCCCAGCAGUACAGCUAGGCCUGGUGGCACAAGGCCUGGUGGCACAGUUAGGCCCAGCAGUACUGUUAGGCUUGGUGGCACAUUUAGGCCCAGUGGCACGAGGCCUGGUGGCAAAGUUAGGCCCAGCAGUACUGUUAGGCCUGGUGGCACAACAAGGCCUAUUGGCGCGGCUCGGCCCGGCGGUGCCGCCUGCUGCAGGAGGCAGGCAGGGUGCUGAGGGGGGGGAGCAGCCUCGGUGGCGGGGCGGCCCAGCGAGGGGUCCCGGUGCCGUGGAGGUGGCCGCCCCACUCCCGCCCCGCUCCCACCCCGCAGCCCCUGGUCCAGCUCUCCUGGCAGACCGGAGCCGUGCGAGAGAGGAGAGGGAGCGAAACCGCAUGGAUUGAAGCAUGUUUGGGGGGUGUCGAGGGAGGCUGGUGGGGACCCAGCAGCAAACGCUUUGCCAACGGUGAGGGUGGGGGGUGGGGGGAGGUGUUUGGUUUCCUCUUGGUUUGGGGUCUUGUUUCCAAGGGGACGCGUUGAUGGGUAAUAUUUAAUCUCCGUGCAUUUAUAUAGAGAGCAGCUGAUGAUCUACAAGAGACGAUUCUGACCUACAGGAUUCCCACUCUGUCCUUGUCAUCCUUAUUUUGCAUCUUUUUAAUCGAUCAGCUAUAUAUUUGAAAAGAGAGAACAAAUAUCUAUAUAUCUAUAUCUAUAGCUAUAGCCACCUGAUUUUGUUAUAAUUUUACUAAAUCUAUAUAUCUCUAGACUUGUUGAGAUGCUGACGAGGCGGUGCCCGCACCCCUCCCCCAGGACGCCCAUCGCUCAUGGGAGUUUUUAGCGACUG